UAAGCUUUUUUUUUUUUUUUUUCCAUUAGUUACUUUUAUUUGAUUCUUUAUCAGCAAGUCAGAUUAACAUUAAGUCUAAAUGUCAGCUAAUGUAGUUUAUUCUGCUGUAAAUUUCAGGAGGAAACGUCAGGAUGAUGUACCACAGGGUGGGGACGUCGUCUAUUCCCAGGUGAAAUUCCCCGACCCUCUUCCCUUCCACAGUGCCUCCCAAGAUGGGCAAUCAGUUCCGCAAGGUGAAGAUGUCAUCUAUUCUCAAGUAACAUUCCAACCUUCUCACCCUCCUGGGCUGCAAGCAGAAACAGAAUGGACAACAAAAAACAGCUACUCUCGGUACAGACUGUUUUCUCUGGGUCUAGGGCUGCUGUUUUUACUGCUAUUCAUUAUCAUCAUAUUCCUGAGUGUUCAUGUACAUAGAGGAAAUCAAACUUGGUCAAUAAUGGAAGAUAAUUUGAAGCAGCUCCGGACAAACUACAGCAUCCUGGCUAAAGAGAACGACCAGAUACAGAAUAAAUGUAGCAUCCUGGCUAAAGAAAAGGACCGACUACAGGAAGAUAACAGCUUCUUGUCUAAAGAGAAGGAACAGCUACAGGACAACUGCAAUAAUGACAAGGACCAACUAGAGAAAAAGUACAAAAUGUUAGCUAAUGACCAGGACCAACUGGAGAAAAAGUACAAUAUUCUGACUAAUAGCAAUAAUUUGCUACAGAAUAGAUAUGAUACACUGGUUUAUAACAAGAGUCAGAUACAGAAUGAGUAUAAUAUACUGUCUUUUAAAAUGAAUCAGCUACAGGGAAAAUACAAUAAACUGAGGGAUGAGCUACAAGAAAAUAAUUCCACCCUGGGUGACUACUAUCAGCAGGAAUUCAACAUUCUGUUAAAUAAAUUACCCUUCCUGAAAGAAUACUGUAAACCAGGAAAAGCCUGCACUCCAUGUCCCAAGGGAUGGAACAUAUUCAAUGAUAAGUGUUAUUAUCAAUUUCGAAUUAAGAAAAAUUGGGAAGAAAGUAAAACAUACUGUAGUGAACAUGGAGGUAAUUUGGCGGUGAUUGAGAGUCAAGAGGAACAGGAGUUUAUUAAAACUUUCAUAAAAGAUGGGAAUUCCUGGAUUGGUCUGACUGAUAGAAAACGAGAAGGAUACUGGCUUUGGGUGAAUGGUGCUGAACUGAAGAAAAGUUUCUGGGCAAUUGGAGAACCUAAUGACAGGACUGAGCCUUGGAUCCCCAGAAGAACUGCUGACUGCGUCUACUUCCAUUCAAGGGAUGGUGUUUGGUUUGAUGACGACUGUGACAAACAGUUAAACUCCCUUUGUGAAUCUCAGGCACUUUCACUUUUUAUCACAUAAAUCAUUUAUGGCGAGGAUUUUUGAAAGGUACAUUGUUCAAAUCAUAUACGUUACAUAUACGCAUUUCAAUCAUGUGCUUGCUAUUUAGCAGUAAUAUUCCACAUAUUACAAUUUAUUUUCUGCUUUUUAAUACCUUGAUUCAGUGAUGCAACAGGUCAUAUACAUGCAUAACAUACAGCAGUGGAAAAAUUAAGAGACCACUCUAUAGUUUUAAACAAAUCUGCAUUUUUAAAUCCUGGUUUAAUCCUGGUUCUGCUGGCUGAAGGCUACACUGAGCAGCAGGUCACAUCCAGGUUCAAAAUAUCUAAGACAGCAGUACAUAAGAGUAAGGUGAAGCAGGAGACACUGGGAAUGACCAUAAACCAGUCAGGCAAAGGGUAGAACCAACUUUCUAAUGCCAGAGAUGACUGUUAACUUAUUCGACAGUUUCUGAUCAUAGGAUGACAUCAAGUGACCUUCAAAAGGAUUGGGAAACAUUAAAUGCAAGUGUGAAGUGCACUGA